CGGCAAAAAUGCUGACCAGAGGAUUCACGUCAAUUGGCAAGAUUGCAAGUAGAGGUCUCUCGUCGACGUUCUACCAAGAUGCUUUCCAGCUUUCGGAUCAGCUCACUGAAGACGAAAGAUCUUUGAUGCUCUCGGCUCGGGAAUACUGUCAGGAGCGACUUUUGCCACGUGUCACAGAAGCUUACAGAACUGAAAAAUUCGACCCAUCCCUGAUUCCGGAAAUGGGAAGUAUGGGCCUGUUGGGCGCCCCAUAUCAAGGAUACGGCUGCGCUGGAACAUCAACUGUUGGCUAUGGACUCAUCGCUCGUGAGGUGGAACGAGUCGAUUCGGGAUACAGAUCUACGAUGAGUGUGCAAACGAGUCUGGUGAUCGGACCGAUCUACAACUACGGAAGUGAGGAUCAGAAGCAGAAAUAUAUUCCCGAUUUGGCGAGUGGAAAGAAGAUCGGAUGCUUCGGAUUGACCGAGCCGAAUCAUGGAUCUAAUCCAGGAGGAAUGGAGACAAAGGCCACCUGGGAUGAGACCACAAAAACCUACAAAUUGAAUGGAUCGAAGACUUGGAUCUCCAACAGCCCUGUCUCUGAUGUGAUGGUCGUUUGGGCGAGAAGUGCUCGCCACAACAAUAAAAUCAAGGGAUUCAUCCUGGAACGUGGAAUGAAGGGACUGACGACUCCAAAAAUUGAAGGAAAACUUUCAUUGAGAGCCUCGAUCACUGGACAGAUUGCAAUGGAUGAUGUUCCAGUACCAGAGGAGAAUCUUCUCCCGAACGCUGAAGGGCUUCAAGGACCAUUCGGAUGCCUGAAUAACGCACGCCUCGGAAUCGCGUGGGGUGCUCUCGGAGCAGCUGAAGAAUGCUUCCAUCUCGCACGCCAGUACACUUUGGAUCGCCAACAGUUCGGACGCCCACUUGCACAGAAUCAGCUGAUGCAGUUGAAGAUGGCUGAUAUGUUAACUGAAAUCUCUUUGGGUCUUCAAGGAUGCCUUCGUGUGUCCCGCCUGAAAGAUGAGGGAAAAGUUCAAUCAGAGCAGAUCUCGAUUAUCAAAAGAAACUCGUGUGGAAAGGCUCUCGAGGUGGCACGAAAGGCGAGAGAUAUGCUUGGUGGAAAUGGAAUUGUGGAUGAGUACCAUAUUAUGAGACAUAUGGUGAAUUUGGAGACAGUUAACACUUAUGAAGGAACACACGAUGUACAUGCUCUGAUCCUUGGAAGAGCCAUCACGGGACUCAACGGAUUCUGCUAAUUUUUUCUUUUUUUUCCUUUUUUCACUUAUUGUCUAGUCUUGUCAUAGUCUAUUGCUUUUCAACGCAAAAAGUUUUAUUUCAUUCCCAAAAAUAUUGAAGUUUCAAUAAAUAUGUAGCACACGUUG